GAACCAGGAGAAUGAACGGAUCAUCUGCAGCUGAACGGUCGGGAUCUGACUACCGAGAUGUCAGCUCAUGCCGCCGUCGACAACUUGAAGAGAUUGAGGUGAGUCACACACAUGCAAUGAAUGAACGAAGCACACUACGCAAUGAUACAGUUGGCCAUCCGCUGCACGUCUGUUCAGGUGCUGAUGUCGAUGUACCCUGGGCCGGAUGAGCUGAUCAUCGACGAAGUGGCGUGUGAGCGACGCACACACCACUGCAAUUGACUCGUGGACGAUGCUCUGCCUCUAUUGCAUGUGUGUGUCUGUGUCUGCUGCUUCUCAGUGACGAAGAUCAAGAGUCAGGAGCAGAGCACCGACGACCUUCACUUCGCUGUCAGCUUCCUCGAUGAAGACCUCAAGACAGAGGGCGAGAGCCCUCAGCUGUGCAUCACUCUGCCGCCGCUCUACCCAGUCAGCCUUCCUGAAUCACUCUUCUCGCCACACAGCCGACUCACCUGUGUCGCUUGUGUCAGCACAAGAGCUUGCGGGCGGAGCUGCUGUCGUCUUACCUGCCCACACACAGAUUGGCUGAGUGUGAGGAGGCCCUGAAGGAGAGGGCCAGGGAAUGGGCCGAGAGAGGUGUCAGCAAGAGAGCGUUGCAAGCGAAUAGGCACACCUGAGGCGUUGCUAAUGAUUGUUCUUGUAGGUGAGGAGUGCGUCGUCGACAUUGUCCAGUCAGCCAAAGUAGGACAGCACGUUGGUCUGCGGCAUCUGUGUGGCUCUUGUCCUUCUUCGCGUAGGAUUCGCUGGCCGAUUUGGUUGCCGAGCACCGCAGAGAGACCGAAGAGCUCGAGAAUGCGCUGCAGGUACCACACAUGGACUCACUCAUGAGACUCACUGUGCUCAUGUCUGUCUGUUUGUGUCUGUCUGUUGAUGUGUCUGUGUGGGUGCGGCGUUUGUGCAGGCGGCACAGGCGGCGGCUGACGACGUGGCGGAUGAUGAUGAGGAAGACGAUAUGAGCGAUGAUGCACUGGCAGAGGAGCUGCAGCUGCUGGAGCUACAGGCGUCUGCCGCCGCACGACCACCAGCCAAGCAGCAGCAGCAGUUGGGAAGGCGCGUGUGCUACAGCCACCACAUCCGGGCAGAGACCAAGAGGCGAUACAUCAUCCAGUAAGCAACCGAAGCGGACGCCAUCUCAUGCUCGUGGAUGGCUGAGUGGUGCCGAUUGGUCAGGUGGGCGUUGGAGCUUCGGCUUGGCGGCUUCUCCAAGAUCGGCUACCCUGGUGUGGUGAUUGUGGAAGGGCCGGAGGAGGGCUGCAUGGAGUACAUCACGCGGCUGCAGAGGCUCAGGUGGAAGCACUUUGUGGUCCGUGGCGAAGAGAUCAUCGACGGUGAGCAAACGCAUGAGCCGUCCUGUCAUCUGCCAGAAUCCUCUGUGUGUGUGUGUGUGUGUGUGUCAGUGCCCGCAUCCAAGUGUCUGGACGACAUGAGGCGGCUGCCCAGAGGCUUCGAAGUGAGAUGCCAUGCCCACCUGCACCACAGCCGCGAAUUUAUGUGUGUCUGUGCAGGAGUUGGGGCCGAAGGGGAUGGGCAGGAUGGCCGACGAGUGCCGCAAAGCAGGUACCGACCAAAUGUGAGUGUGUGUGUGUUUUGCUGUGUGACUGGCUGGUUUGACUGACUGUAGGUUUGGGUGCGUUGUUUCUGACCUGCAUGAAGAUGUAUCGCGACGAGAGUACUGGCAAUGGUGAUCGUGGCAAUGGCGAUGAGACGGCAGCCAAGCCAGGGAGGAAGAAGGGCAAAUGACUGACGAGACAGAUACGGACAGACAGACAGACAGCUGCAUGUGAUGUCUGGUGUGUGAAACAUGAAUGACAUGAUGGAGGUCAGUACAGUGUGCAAGGCAGCAGGCAGGAGGUUGACACAUCCAGGCACAGCACAGCCACCUGACGUGCGCAUCAGUGCAGGGAAACGAAGUCAAUACAUGCAUGUGCCACUGGCCAGAAUACGACCCUUACUAUGGUACAUCGAUAAG